AUGCCGGCCUGUGUCCCUGAAUGCAUCCAGCAAGCAUCCGCACCAGCAACCCUCGUAUCCCCUGUCCUGAAAGAGGCUGCACAGUGCGUGCCUGAAUGUAUGCCUUCAUGUGAACAGCAGUGCUUAAGCAGGAUUACCGGCGUUGCCACACCUCAACAGAGCCAGCGACUUCUUUAUUGCGCUCCACAGUGUCAACCGACAUGUUCCCCGUCAUGCACUGAGGCUUACAUCAUCAUACCGCAAAACGACAACAAUUGCGCUCCAAGUUGUCAACCAGCAUGCGAGGCUGACUGCAAUCAGAUUCAGCUCGAACAAACAAUCCAGUGCUCACCUCAGUGCGAGCCGGCGUGUGAACCGCAAUGUGUGCAGCAGUACCCAGCAGCAGCGGCCAACCAAGGCAUGCAGGUCAUCUAUUCCCUGCCAACGGUGCAGAACGACCAGUCAUCAGCACAGUGCGCUCCAGCUUGUCAGCCGAGCUGUAACCCGGAAUGCACUCAAAACUACCAGUUUGACAUCAUAGUUCCACGGAACGACGAAUGCAUGACUCCUUGUAGUCAGAGUUGCUUGACCAGCUGUCAGCAACAGAACCAUGCAAAGUACGAAUGCCAG